UACUUAUACGUAGAUUAGAGCGCGUGAUGACCGCUUAUUGACCAUCCGUCCUGUUGAGCAGAGCCCAUCUAGAACAGCAGAAUGACAAGCUACACAGACAAAGGGGAAAAGCCAGAGAGAGGCAAAUUCGUGAGGUUCCACCAUUUGACGUUCUGGGUGGGUAAUGCCAAACAGGCUGCAGCCUUCUACUGUGACAAGAUGGGCUUCGAGCCUGUGGCCUACAAGGGCCUGGAGACCGGCAGCAGAGAGAUAGUGUCCCACGUCAUCAAACAGGAUAAGAUUUUAUUUGUCUUUGAAUCUGCACUAAAUCCUGGAAAUGAAGAGAUGGGACAGCAUCUGAUGCAGCACGGGGACAGCGUGAAGGACAUCGCGUUCCAAGUAGAAGACUGUGAUUUCCUGGUCAAGAAAGCCAAAGAAAGGGGAGCGGUGAUAGUUAAAGAACCAUGGGUGGAACAAGACAAACACGGCAAAGUGAAAUAUGCUGUGGUUCAAACGUACGGAGACACAACCCACACACUGGUUGAGUACAUGACCCCGUAUAAAGGCCUGUUUCUGCCAGGCUACCAGGAACCUCUCUUUAAGGACCCACUGCUUCCAAAACUGCCUCCAGGUUGCCUGAGCUUCAUCGACCACAUUGUGGGAAACCAGCCAGACGAUGAAAUGGUGCCGAUAUCAGACUGGUACCAGAAGUGCCUGAUGUUCCACCGUUUCUGGUCUAUAGAUGAUAAACAGAUCCACACGCAGUACAGCUCUCUCAGGUCCAUCGUGGUCACCAACUAUGAGGAGACCAUCAAGAUGCCCAUCAAUGAACCAGCACCCGGCAAGAAGAAAUCACAGAUCCAGGAAUAUGUGGACUAUAAUGGAGGAGCUGGAGUACAGCACAUCGCCCUAAACACAUCAGACAUCAUCAAAGCAAUAGUGAAUCUUAAAGCCCGGGGGAUGGAGUUCCUGUCGGCUCCUGAUAGCUACUAUGACAGCCUGCGUGAGAAACUCAAGACAGCCAAGAUCAAAGUGAAGGAGGACCUGAAGACCCUGCAGGAAUUAAAAAUCUUAGUAGACUACGAUGAUAAGGGCUACCUGCUCCAGAUUUUCUCCAAACCCGUGCAGGACAGACCCACGCUCUUCCUAGAGGUCAUCCAGAGGAACAACCACUUUGGUUUUGGAGCUGGGAACUUCAAAUCUCUAUUUGAGGCCAUUGAAAAAGACCAGGACGCCAGGGGCAACCUUACCAUCCUCACCUCAGACGGCAACCCAAAGGCUUUUUACUAACAGAUUCACACAGAUAUAAGCAGGUAGCACAUAGGUUGGUCAUAUUCUAUAAAAAUAGGUUUCGGUUAUAAUGUAGCCCCACAAAUAGCUCCACAACAGCACUUUUCCACCAAGCUCUUCACCUCAGAUCUGUUCUAUCUACACUUAAUCCUUAUUCACACCUGGUUUAAACAUGCAUCUUGGGUGAUCUGAACAUAAAACAUAGACAAAAUGUGUAGCUGUUAAGAUCUGGCAACAUGCAUUUUACCAUAUCACACUUAUUACUUAUUAAACAGGUCAUUAAAUAUAGGUGACAAUAUCAUUUGUGAACAAAACUUACAAUUUAAAGAAAUUGUUGAACAUAAUUUUUUAUUCACCCCAGAUGUAAUCAGCCAGCAAAGACAUUUUUAAUUCUGAAUUGUCCAUUUUAGAAAGAAAUACGCUACACUAACACAUGCUGACUGAUCAGCUGCAUUAGGGGUAUGUAAUAAAUUAUGUCAAGCUGAUUUUUUUUGCCAAAAUAUUUUUUUAAAAAUUGAACACUGGACUGCCUGGCACUGUCAAUAAAGCCACUGCUACUGA